AUGAACAUGCAGCUCUUCAACAUCGUCGCCGUCGCCGUCAUCGGAUUCCUCACCCCUACCGUCAUGGCCAAUUGCAACUACAAGACAAUCUGCACGCAGGAGUAUUGCGACAAGAAGUUUGGACCGGGCUAUGCGCCCUACUGCACAAUGUGCGCUGAAAUGGAUUCGGCAGGUGCGCGCCGCGAUGGAGCAUGGUGGAUUGGACAGAUCGAUGUGGCUUUUGAUCAAGAAAGUGUUGCCAUGGACGUAUUCGUCAGUACAAGGUACAAUGCCUUUAAUCCUGAGCGUUUCUUGGACUCCACGCAUCAAGCACAAUGUCCCGGUCGCAGAAAGACCGCAUACCUUCACAUGUCCGCCAACAUGACCGUCCACGCCCUUCGACCCACAUGUACCAAACAUCGCUUCGCCUGCGGAAGCGCUUCCUUCAAUCCCGGAUCCUGCCUGCCGAGUAAAUCCAGCAGUCCUCGGUUCUCGGAUCGUCUUCCGAGCCUCAUCAUUGGUUCCUUGCCCGCGCAGAGCUUCCACAGAGGUACUGUGAAAGGAAGCAGCAAUGGUCAUGGCAGUCCGUGGCGAGUUGGAGUCCUUCGAAGCAGGUCGGUGGGGAAGUUGCUUUUCCUCGUGGCGGCGACUCGGACUGCGGCUUCGCACACCGUGCGUGCAGGAGUCUGUACCGCUGGUCCGGAGUAA